CAGCAACAGAUAGCCGAAGAGCUACAAAGCGAUACAGAACGCAGUCAUCUGGACAAAAAGGAAAUUUCGAAUUAUUUAUUGACACCUUUUUUCCUCAAACGACCACCUGCACAUUUUCAAGGAUAAUUGACGACCCCGUGCAUCAGAGGGGAAAGGACACAUCAUUUGCAUUUGCUUUGUUGUUUUUUAAUCUACCUACACUUACCUGGAUUGACAGACUUGAAAUCAAUCUCACAAUCAUGCUAAACAACAUGGAUUUGAACUCUAAAGAUUCCUUCUACCCUCAGUUUGAGAAUUGUAACGGUUCUUCCCUGGGGAUUGAAAAUAGCUCUCGGAAAGAUACCCAGGAGGUGUUUUCGGACGCAGAGAGAGGAGCACCUGCCCAUUUUACCCAUGGUAAGUUCGCAGUAGCCUGUUGCUGCAUUGCAUAAUAUGAUAAAUAAAUAUGCAUGCAUUGAUAGUCUGAAUAAGAUUGUUUGUGGUUGCACAUUGUGAUUUAUUAAAAACAUCGCAUGGAUUUAAUUUGGCCCAUUUGCAGCCGUGCAUGUUACGCAUGUAUGUUUAUUGAUUACAUAACGACUUUAAUUUAUGUGCAUUUAUCAGUCUACAAUAAACAUUUGUAAUGACAAACUUUCCCUCUUUCUUUUUCAGAGGGAGCACCUGUAACCCUGAAAACCGAGGCUUCUAACUCAGAUUUCGCCUUUAAUCCCUGCGAGGGGCCCAAAGGCACCUACUCCUCCUCCCUCGCCUACUCAGGCAGCUUCUAUGUCGAGGCGACUCAGGGGGGCCCGUGCAGCACGGAGACAUUGCUCAACAUGAUCACAGAAAUUGUCGGUAUUUCUACGUUACCGAUCUCCGAAGUUCAACUGAGCACCAUGGACAGCAGCAGCUUCGGCGACGCGGGCGUCCAGAGGCAAUCCUCCACCUGCAGCGCCACCCCGCCCCUGUACUCGCAGGGGCAGACAUGCCCCAGCUACCCUGACGGUCAGUCCGGCGGUCAAGCUCAAGAUUCAGCCUCUCCCCAGGUGAGCUUCGGCUCCCCUGCUCAAGUCCGAAACCAGAACAGCACCACCGAGCCGCAGUCAGAAGCUGCGUCUUUUCCAGUGGUGGUCAAGAAUGAGUUCGAAAGCAGCUGUUACGAAUGGGGUACGUUCAAUAAAUCGGACGCCUAUUUGGGAACGGGCUUCCAAUCAUCAGAAACGUUCCCGAUGUCCAGUGACUUCCCGUCUGACCAACAAGUGGAUGUAAAGGAACUUUUGGACUCAUUUUCCCCAAUGUGUCCUAACCCAGAGAUGGAGUUCAAAGUUGAAGGCGGAAUCAAGCAGGAGCAGUGCUAUUCUGACACCUGCUCUCAGAGUUUCUGCAGUUCUCUUUACUCCAACUACCCAGUGCCAGUCAUGGACCUCUCAACCAACAACCUCCUCAAGCCAGCUAUGUUUCCCAACAUUGAACUUCCGCCAUUAUCUAAUCAGUGCGAUUCGACUUGCCAGCUUACCUCACCAGCUUUACCCAGUACUAUAGACUCAAUUCUUUACUCCUCCUUAUUGCCAGACUCCUUUGCCCAAAGUUACACGCCGCGCGCGCAAAAGGCACCGCGUGUCAGGAAAAGCCCCGCCGCCUCCACCGGGCCUGCCAAAGAGAAACCCUUCACCUGCCCCAUGGAGAACUGCGACCGGCGCUUCUCCCGCUCGGAUGAACUCAACAGGCACAUCCGCAUCCACACCGGACACAAACCCUUUCAGUGCCGCAUCUGUCUGCGCAGUUUCAGCCGUAGCGACCACCUCACCACCCAUACCCGGACUCACACCGGAGAGAAGCCGUUCUCCUGCGACGUAUGCGGAAAAAGGUUCGCCCGGAGCGACGAGAGGAAAAGGCACGGUCGCGUGCACCUGAAACAGAAAGAGAAGAUGGAGCUGAAGCCACAAGUGACCAGCGCGUGGCCAUUUACUCUUCCCGAGGGAAUUUGA